GGAUGAUAUUACUAUUGGGUUGGGAGUUGUGAGUGAGUGCAUGUGCCUAAUUGCCUUUUCCCUUACCUUCCCUUCCCUUACCUCUGUUUGCUCCAAAAAUCAUCUCUCUCUCUCUCUCUCUUCUCUCUCUCUCACACACACACACACAUUUCAUUAAACUUCCGUUUCUUUCUUUCUCUCAACAUGAAUCCCAUCUCCCCUCUUCCUUCUUCUUCUUCUUCUUCUUCUUCUCCUCAAACACCCAUUUGGGUAUAUUCAUACAUCAAACUUCGAUUUUUUAAUCGAAUCCGAAGGUUCCUUCGUUCCAAAACGCCUAAGAAGCCAUAUGUCUCAACCAAGGACUCAAUCAACGUUACACCAACCGGUAAUGAAGUUAUGCAAGUUGCAGGUGCUGGUUGGGACUGUAAUAGUAGAAUUGAAGGUGGCGCUGAUGUAUCUGCGGCGGCGUUACGGAUGACAGUUAAGAAGCUACACUUCGGGAGCUGGGAAGAGAAGGAGAUGGCAGCCAAGAUGAUUGAGAAAAUGUCUAAAGAGGACGUUGAGGUGAAAAACUUAAUGGUGGACCUCCGGGUUGUACCCGCCUUGGUUUUGAUGGUGGCAUCCGAUGCCGUGGGGCGGCCGGAGGUGGCUGUUAAAGCGUUGCUUGAGCUUGCUAAAGGAAGCUUCGAGAACAAGGCCCUCAUGGUGGAGGCAGGAAUCUUACACAAACUUCCAAGUAACAUCCAAGCCAUGGAUGAAUCAGCAAAGCAUGACUUUGCAAGACUGCUGUUGUCACUGUCAUCUCUGAUCAACUCCCAUUUCACAAUUGCUUUACAGACGAAUGAAAGAGGAAUUCCCUUCCUUGUGGACAUUCUUGAUUCAACCUCAAAUUUCGAGACCCAAAAAUGCUGCCUUGAAACUCUGUAUAACAUCUCCACAGUGCUAGAAAAUGUAGGACCUCUGGUCUCAAAUGGUGUGGUGCACAUCCUCUUGAAAAUGUCCUCAUCCAAAGGCCUUUCAGAUCGAGCACUCGCAGCAUUAGGGAACUUGGUGGUGACUUCACAGGGAAAAAGGGAAAUGGAGAGCAGCCAAAUGGUCCCGGAUAGCCUUAUAAAGAUUAUGACAUGGGAGGACAAACCAAAAUCUACGGAGUUAUCUGCUUAUAUCUUAAUGAUGUUAGCACAUCAGAGCUCAGAACAGAGAGAGAAGAUGGCAAAAUCUGGUAUUGUCGCCGUGCUUCUUGAAGUGGCAUUACUCGGUAGUCCAUUAGCUCAAAAGAGGGCCCUAAAGCUAUUACAAUGGUUUAAGAAUGAGAAGCAAGCAAAAAUGGAUCCACAUUCUGGGCCACAGACAGGAAGAAUAGUGAUUGGGUCGCCUGUAAAUCAAAGAGAAGUUCAGGAAGGGAGAAAAAUGAUGAAGAACUUGGUGAAACAAAGCUUGUAUAAGAAUAUGGAGUUGAUUACUGGGCGAGCUAGUGCGGGAGACCCAGCAAAGCUAAAGAACUUGGUUAUUAGCACCAGUUCCAAAAGUUUACCUUUCUGAAGUUAAUUUCUGUGCUCCAUAAUUUUUUUUUUCCCAUCAGAAGCACAAAAAUACUCUUCAGCAACGACCCUAAGAUUGCAGAAGAUGGUUAGACUUAGAAGAAAAGCGAGUAUUGUCUGGAGAAGCAAGAAAAGAAUUUGCUUAAAGGAGCUUCAUUUUUUGUUGUACAGCUCUGAUCAUGUGGAAAAAUAAAUGACCCGAGAAUUUUUUGGUUCCAUUAUUCUUUGUAAGAAUUGAGCCUACAAAAACUCGACUUGAGUUUUUAAUCUGUUGCUCUUCUUGAUGUCAACAAAUUUGGUCUAGAAAUUUAGGUAGGUAUUUUAUGAACACUACCUAUUAAGAAAAUCUUUGCGAACAUAGAAGUAUAUUUUUUCUCUUAAAAAUCUUGAGAA